AUAACACGAGAUGCAGCGGCUUCGGCGCACUACGUCAACGUCGUCAACGUCGUCACAACCUCCAGCGCGCCAGUUGUCAGGGAAAAGACUGGAACGCAGGGGCAGUUCGAACUUAAAUUCCGCAACAAGCUCCCGCCCAACGUGGAGACGGCGGCUGCGGCGGAACUGGCGAGGAGCGGUGUUUGUCUGUGUGUGUGCGUCCGUCGCUCUCCUGUCUGUCCCGCGAGACCACCGCCAACAACCCGUGCGAAAAUCGUCCAUCUUUAAGCCGAGCCACCGGCAGCGAGAGAGCUGCCGCGAUGAGAUCGACUGGCCCGAGCUGCCGCAUGGCGUUGACAUAGACCUGCACGUCGUCGCCCGUGGAAACACGCACAACCUCCGCACCACGCUCACGUCGUUGGCGGAGGCCUGCUACCCCGAGGACGCGGAGCUCGCGCUACACGUCUGGGCGCUCACGGCGCACGCGCGGGAGGUGAUGCCGGCCCAGGACGGCUUCGUAUGGACGCACGGCACGUACCAGUUCCACACGCUCACGACGAAGCACGGCGAGGUGCCUCCGCUGGAAGGGUGGGCGAGAAUGUGGACGGACCCAAUAGACACGGAGGUUCGGUUGGUGCUGCCGGAGGGGCUGGAGCUGUCGAACCUGUUCUACUUUUGGCUGGCGAGCACGCUGGCGAGGUACCUGGGCGCAGGGGUGACGAUGGAGGAGCGUGAGAUCUUCAGAGAGAACGUGUUCGGGUUGUCCCUUUCGGCGACCGGUCUGUCGGAGGUUUCCGGCGUGCCCUCGUCGUGGGGAGCGUACGAGGCCGCCGACAAGAAACGGCCUGUGUUCCACACCCUCCCCGGGGCCAGAGGGACCGCCUUCUUUGGCUGGAAGGAGGGCGAGGCACUGGUACACGUCCCGGGGGGCGAGGUGGCGCUCUCUUGGGCCGGGUCCCUCGAGCGGUUCCUGGCAGAGUUUUGCCACGGCAGGGGCCUCGGCAUCCUUCACCCGAACCUCAACGGGGACGUGAGCUUCGCCCGACAGUUGCCGCCAUCCUCAUCUUCCUCCUCUUCCUCGGGUGGCAGCGGGGGGGGAGGGUGGCUGGAGGAGGAGGAAGCGCUGCCGCUGUCGCAGACGGCCCACACCCCGACGCCGACGCUCAGGGGGACGGAUGACGGCGGGGGGGGGCGGGAGCCGGAGGGGCUCGUACUGACGUACCGGGACGCCAAUAACUUGAUUGUAAAAUACCCAUCGGUGUCUUCCGUCCCUGCGUACGACCUCCUGUCCCGGAGACAUCGGGACGUGACGCACCUGCGGCUCCAGGCGUACCGGUUCUUCCAACGCUUGCGAACCUCGGUCGAGAGGAACAAGGACCUAGAGGACUUGUGGAAAAGGCCCGGGAUGCCGAAGCCGAACUACGCGCUCGCCAAAUUCCUGAUCUACCAGCCACAGUUUGGGAUGGGCAACCAGCUUCGAGCGUUGGACGCGGCGUUAGCGGUAGCGAGGGUGCUAGGCCGAGUGUUGGUGGUGCCCGACUACAUUGCCGACAAUGGAGAAGGGAGGUCGGUACGCUACGAUGCGAUCUGGGAGUUUGGCUUCCUGGAAGAACUGGUCGGACGAAGUAACGUCAUUCUUCAGGCGGACUUCGACGAUCUCUUGCAAGACUGCGAUGUCGUUCUGCCGCCGACCAAGGUUUACCUGGCGGACAUGCCCAUCAAGCAGCUCGCGGGGAACGACGAGUACUUCGGCAGGAUGGGCUGGGGAGAGCUUCCUAAGGUCCCGCUCCCGUUGGCCAACGCUACGGAAGCCGGUUGGUCCGAACUACAACAAAUGGAAGAUCAGGUUCUGGCCAUCUCGGCAAUGUUCGGCAUGUUCCAGGGCUGGACGCCGGACUCGACGGUUGGGGACACCCACUGGCACGCCAUGGUGAAGCUUCACGUCUCGGAGGAGGCGUCCUGGGUGCACGAGUUCGUGGACGACAGCCUCGAGCGCUUCCGAGAAAAGGCGACGGAAGCGGCGGCGGCGGCGGAGCAGGCGGACUCAGGGGGAGAGGGCGGGGACGAGGAGCUUUCGGACGUUGGCGGCCGCAACCCGGCCGCGGCCGAGUUCAUGUGCGCUCACGUGAGGCGACAAGAUUUCGAGGAGUCGUGCUCCUGUUACGAGGAGGAGUAUCGAACCGGGAGCGCUCGGGACUGGGUGAAGGAGGCCCUGGAUGGCGGAGGCGUGUGCUGGGUCGAGGAGCAGGACUUCCGCGACACGGUCGACGUCUUGCUCCGGUGGGCGCCCGCCAAGCUUGACGUCUCGCCGCAGUUCGUGUUCGCCACCAGCGACGAUGCGCGUUUCCUCGAGGACAUCAAGGUCGGCAACGCGGUACCCGUGUUCACCCUGGACGACGUCUCCCGGGUGGCGGCGGCGGCGAGGGGUGGGGGGGGGGGGGGGGGGGGGGGGGCUGGGGAGGGUUUCAGGGGCCCCGCGGAAUCUUCCGCGGCCACAGCCGGCGGAAAGGCGGUCACGCCCGAGGAGGUCCAGGCGGCGCUGCCGGCCAUCGACGUGGCCGUCUGCUCCAGGGGGACCCUGCUGAUGCUCAACUACUUCUCCACGUAUUCGGCCCUCAUCAAGACCAAGGCCAAGGCCCAGCCCAACUUCAAGCGCGGGCUGUACUGGGCGGACCCCCCGGCCCUCUCGACCCGGUGGUCGCGCUUCUGCGGCUGGUUCCUCCGCAAGUGGCGAAGGAUACGCAACUUCUUCCACUAGUCGCAGCGCUUUGUUUAGUCGAGUGUAUGUAGUUGGGGGGGGGUUGUUGUCUUGUUUUUCGAAUGGUUUUCGUCGUUCAGUGUUGGUGGUAUUCCUAGACACGGAGAUUGUCUCCUUUAAAUACCGAUCGAGUGGUCUUGGUAUCCACAGAGUUAUUUAGUCGUGCCGUUGCGUCUUGCGUUAUCUAGGUUCGUGAUGGACCCUGUGUAGUAUAUUAUAUACCUAUCAUGUGGAAUGAUGUAAGAGGUUAGGCUUUCCGUGAACCGCUGAGUUGGGGGAGUGAUCGCGGUGCGAAGGCGGGUUGGUUUCGCGACAGGCCAACUGACUCCAGCAUGUUCGUUAUAACUCUCAAUAGUUGUGUUGGAUGUUCCGAUUAAUGAAGGGUCAACAUUGUCAUAUGAAGGGAUGCGUCUAAUUUAUUCGGGUAGGAGGCUCCCCCUCGGGAAUUAGGUGGCUUGCCUCCCGGGGGCGACGCAAGAUGACACGGUCAAUGCAGUCGCGGUCGCAUCGUUGCACCUCAACGUCAUGACAUUCGUCAGUGAGUGCCAGGUGUGCGUACAGCCUGCGGAAUUUGCCUGGAAUUUUGCAUCAUGCAAGGGGUUGUUUUUCUUCUCGCCGUGGUGACUUUUCGCGUGUGCGUGAUUGUGUCGUUUUUAGGCUAGUGGCGGCU